UUCUCUCCACCAGCAGCACGCUCUGCCAUUCACAUGUCCAUAACUCCACAGCUCCAUAUAUGGACAUCCAGUUCAUUCAGUUGCAAGCAGAAGUUUCCAAGAUGCACCGCUUCUUUCUCCUCGUCUCCAUACUGGUAGCCAUCAUCACUCUCCCUGUCACGGCCGCUGCUCAAAGAUCAUGGGCCGAGCUCAGCGGCAGGGACAACUGGGACAGCCUCCUGGACCCACUCGACAACGACCUCCGCCGCACCAUCAUCCGGUACGGCGAGCUGGCGCAGGCGACGUCGGACGCGUUCAUCGGCGACCCGGCGUCCCCGUACGCUGGCGCUUCGCGGUACGCGCCCGGCGCGUUCCUCCGCAGGGCGCAGGCGCCCGACCCGGACGCGUACCGCGUCACGAGGUUCGUCUACGCGACUUCGAGCGCGCGCGUCCCCGACGCCUUCAUGACGAGGCCCGCGCCCGCCGCGGGAGCGUGGAGCGCGGAGUCCAACUGGAUGGGGUACGUGGCCGUGGCCACCGACGGCGGGGCCGCGGCGCUGGGGAGGCGGGACAUUGUGGUGGCGUGGCGCGGGACGAAGCGGGCGGUGGAGUGGGCAAGUGAUCUGGACAUCACGCUGGUGCCGGCCACCGGCGUCAUCGGGUCGGGGCCUGGGUGGUCGCAGCCGUCGGUGCACAGGGGGUUCCUUUCCAUGUACAAGUCCAAGAAUUCCACGUCGCGGUUCAACAAACAAAGCGCCAGAGAGCAGGUGCUGGCUGAAAUUAGGAGGCUACUCGGCGCAUACAAGGGCGAGAACUGCAGCAUCACGUUAACCGGCCACAGCCUCGGCGCCGCGCUCUCCACGCUCAGCGCCAUCGACAUCGUGACCAACGGCUUCAACGUCCGCGCCUCGUCGCCGUCCAACGACACGGUCCCCGUUACAGCCAUCGUCUUCGGCAGCCCGCGCGUCGGGGACGAGCAGUUCAAGAAGGCAUUCGAGUCGGCGCCCGGCGCGAAGCUGCUCCGCGUCCGCAACGCGCCGGACAUCGUCCCCACCGUCCUGCCGUCAGCGUUCUACAAGGACGUCGGCGUGGAGCUGCUCGUGGACACGCUCAAGUCGCCGUACCUCAAGAAACCGGGCCCGGGCCCCGCCGCGUGGCACAACCUCGAGUGCUACCUGCACGGCGUCGCGGGUGCGCAGGGCUCCGGCGACGGCGCCGGGUUCAGCCUGGAGGUGGACCGCGAUUUGGCGCUGGUGAACAAGGAGGUGGACGCGCUCGCGGACGAGUACCCCGUGCCGGCGUCCUGGAGGGUGGAGAGGAACAAGGGCAUGGUGAAGAACGGGAGCGGGCGCUGGGUCUUGCAGGAUCACGAGGAGGGUAACCUUGCGAUGUGAUGAGUUUUGGUGGCUUCAGGAAUCAAAGUUGAUGCUUCAGCUUCUUGAAAUAUAUAAUGGAUAGGAAGGGAAGGGGAGAAUGUCCCAAGUAGGUGCAACGGUACAGGGGCGAUUUGGAUGAUUUCGGUGCAAAUUUGAACUGAAAAAUGUCAACAAAAUUCCUCUUAUUGACAAGCUGGAUCAUUCCUCAAAAAAUAUUAAUGAGCUGGAUGGUAGGCACCUAUUGGAGCUCUCCCGAAGCUUUGUUUGUCAUUAUUUUUAUACAUGCGCCUAUAUUACAA